CGUCGUGCGUAACGUACGUGACGUCAUCACGCACCAAUGUGUCCGGAAGUGGAAACGCCGCUGAAUUCGUCCCGACCGUGUGCUCGUCUGGCUCUUUCCACGCCGUGUAGGACAUUAAAGUUGCGCUUUUAACGUCGGAAACGUGAUGUUAAACUUUUAAACUUAGAGCGGAAGUGACAUAAAGGUUGCCAAUGAGCUCUCAGGACCUCCUGAAGAGCGCGUCCACUUUGGCGUCGUACAAUGUGUUGCUACAGGUGAUGUUCCGUGUGCUUACCUUUCUGUUGAACGCCUUCACUCUGCGCUUUGUGUCCAAGGAGUUGAUCGGGGUGGUGAACGUCAGGCUGACCCUCCUCUAUUCAACGUUGGUGUUUUUAUCCCGGGAAGCUUUCAGAAGAGCCUGUCUGAGUGGAGGCCCAGGUGGGAAGCACAACUGGAGGCAGCUCGUCAACCUGCUAUGGAUGACGUUGCCUCUGGGUUUCUUCUGGGGAGUCCUGCUGGCCUGCGUGUGGCUCUGGCUUCUGGAGGUCCCGGAUCCUCAAGCGGUUCCUUUCUACGGCCCCGCCGUGGUCCUGUUCGCCCUGGCGGGGGUGCAGGAGCUCCUGGCCGAGCCCCUCUGGGUGCUGGCCCAGGCCCACAUGUUCCUACGCCUCAAGGUGGUCGCCGAGAGCUUGGCCCUGCUGGCCAAGUGUGGCGUCACGGUGGUGCUGGUGGUGUGGGCUCGUCAGUGGGGGCUUUACAUCUUCGCCGCUGCUCACCUGCUGUACACAGGAGUGCUGGUGCUGUGCUACGUUGGCUACUUCCUGCACUUCUUGCCAUCUGAAGAGGCCAUCAAGAGCCAUUUCCCUCUUCGCAGUGUCAGGGAUCUUAUUCCACAUCGAGCUCAUGGAGAGCCGCUGCUGGACUGGACUGUGGCCCGGCUCACCUGGAGCUUCUUCAAGCAGUCCUUCCUCAAGCAGAUCCUGACGGAAGGCGAGCGCUACGUCAUGACCUUCCUGAACGUCCUCAGCUUCGGGGACCAAGGCGUCUACGACAUCGUCAACAACCUGGGCUCCAUGGUGGCGCGCUUCGUCUUCCUGCCCAUCGAGGAAAGCUUCUACGUCUUCUUCGCCAAAGUGCUGGAGCGCGGUCGCCACGUAAAGAGCCAGAGAGAGGAAGAUGUUAGUGUGGCGGCAGAGGUGCUGGAAUGUCUGCUGAAGCUGGUGCUGGUGCUGGGACUCGUCAUUGCAGUCUUUGGAUACGCAUACUCUGGCCUGGCACUGGAUGUCUAUGGUGGCUCUAUGCUGAGUAGUGGAGCAGGUCCUUCCCUGCUGCGGUGCUACAGCUGCUACGUCCUCCUGCUGGCAGUAAACGGCGUGACCGAGUGCUUUGUGUUUGCCGCCAUGAGCCAGGAAGAGGUGGACAAGUAUAACGUGGUGAUGCUGGCCUUGUCCGUGUCCUUCCUCUUCCUGUCCUACAUGCUGACGUGGUGGGCGGGCGGCGUGGGCUUCAUCCUGGCCAACUGCCUCAACAUGGCCCUGCGCAUCUUGCACAGCGUCCUGUACAUCCACCGCUACUUCCUGUCCAGCCGGUGGGCACCUCUGCGGGGCCUGCAGCCCUCGCCGCUGCUGUGCCUGGCGCUCGCCGUCAGCGCGGGGGUCACAGUCAUUAGUGAGAGAGUGUUCUGCUGUGACGGCGGCUGGCUCCUCAGGUUGGUCCACGUGGGCGUAGGAGCAGUGUGUCUCCUUUUCGUGCUUUUAGCCCUUCUUCUCACGGAGAGUAGACUCGUUGUGUUUGUGAGGACGCAGCUUUUGCCACAAUACAGGAAAAAACACACGUAACUUUCAUGGAAAACGUGUUUUUACUGGCGACAAGUCUUGUGAAUGUGUGCUGAAUUUAUUUCAGCUGCAAUAACUACUUCUCACACACAUCACCAUGGUUACUCACCAUGGCGAGCUAACAAGCUAAAUGAAGGUGGACCAUCUGUCAAAUACAAAGCUUGGCUCAUGGGGACGUUUUUUGGGCCCCUCUGCACUUUGUAGGAGUAAAAUUAACCCCCCACCCACAAAAAAAUUCAAAAUAGCAAAAAUAAUAUUAACAAUAAAGAACUAGAUGAGGCAAUUCCUGGAGGAAUUGCGUGUGAAUGCUUCAAUGCUGAAGUUGAACUGAAAUCCUGGAAUUUUUUUUAGAAUUGUUGAAGUAGAACACACACUUGCAGAACAGGCUGAAUAUUUUGCAGUUACAACAGUUUGAAUUAGAGAUGUCCGAUAAUAUCGGACUGACGAUAUUAUCGGCCGAUAAAUGCUUUAAAAUGUAAUAUCGGUAAUUAUCGGUAUCGGUUUCAAAAUUGUUGGUAUCGGUUUCAAAAAGUAAAAUGUAUGACUUUUUAAAAGGCCGCUGUGUACACGGACGUAGGGAGAAGUACGGAGCGCCAAUAAACCUUAAAGGCACUGCCUUUGCGUGCCGGCCCAGUCACAUAAUAUCUACGGCUUUUCACACACACAAGUGAAUGCCAUGCAUACUUGGUCAACAGCCAUACAGGUCACACUGAGGGUGGCCGUAUGAACAACUUUAACACUGUUACAAAUAUGCGCCACACUGUGAACCCACACCAAACAAGAAUGACAAACACAUUUCGGGAGAACAUCCGCACCGUAACACAACAUAAACACAACAGACCAAAUACCCAGAAUCCCUUGCAGCACUAACUCUUCCGGGACGCUACAAUAUACACCCCCCACCUCAACCCCGCCCAUCUCAACCUCCCCAUGCUCUCUCAGGGAGAGCAUGUCCCAACUUCCAAGCUGCUGUUUUGAGGCAUGUUAAAAAAAUAAUGCACUUUGUGACUUCAAUAAUAAAUAUGGCAGUGCCAUGUUGGCAUUUUUUUUCCAUAACUUGAGUUGAUUUAUUUUGGAAAACCUUGUUACAUUGUUUAAUGCAUCCAGCGGGGCAUCACAACAGAAUUAGGCAUAAUAAUGUGUUAAAUCCACGACUGUAUAUAUCGGUAUCGGUUGAUAUCGGAAUCGGUAAUUAAGAGUUGGACAAUAUCGGAAUAUCAGAUAUCGGCAAAAAAGCCAUUAUCGGACAUCUCUAGUUUGAAUCAGAUGACAAAUGUGGGAAUUUCGGGAAAAGCGGGAAUUUUUUUGAAACUGGUCAAGUACUUGAAUGGUCUGAAUGAGUUGAAAUUAGGGAUGUCAGGCCGAUAUUAUCGGACGAUAAAUGCGUUAAAAUGUAAUAUCGGGAAUUAUCGGUAUCGGUUUUUUUAUUAUCUGUAUCGGUUUUUUAUUUAUUUUUUAUUUUUUAUUUUUAUUAAAUCAACAUAAAAAACACAAGAUACACUUACAAUUAGUGCACCAACCCAAAAAACCUCCCUCCCCCCAUUUCUUUCUUAUCAAUAUUCUGGUUCCUACAUUAUAUAUCAAUACAGUCUGCAAGGGAUACAGUCCGUAAGCACACAUGAUUGUGCGUGCUGCUGCUCCACUAAUAGUACUAACCUUUAACAGUUAAUUUUACUCAUUUUCAUUCAUUACUAGUUUCUAUGCAACUGUUUUUAUAUUGUUUUACUUUCUUUUUUAUUCAAGAAAAUGUUUUUAAUUUAGUUAUCUUAUUUUAUUAUUAUUUUUAAAAAGUACCUUAUCUUCACCAUACAUGGUUGUCCAAAUUAGGCAUAAUAAUGUGUUAAUUCCACGACUGCAUAUAUCGGUUGAUAUCGGUAUCGGUUGAUAUCGGUAUCGGUAAUUAAAGAGUUGGACAAUAUCGGAAUAUCGGAUAUCGGCAAAAAGCCAUUAUCGGACAUCCCUAGUUGAAAUGGUUGGUGUUGAAAUUUUUCUAAUUGGUCGAAAAAUGUUGAAGUAGUAACAUGUUAAAUUGAGAAAUGGUAUUACGGAAUUCCUGUAAUUUCGGGAAAACCGGGAAUUUUUCCAGUUCAAAAAACAACUUUGUUUUUUGUCCUGAUUAAGAGGAAUGUUUUGACGGUGGAACGGUUGAAGUGGGUUGAAAAAUGUAUGAGGAGUAGUUGCCAGAAAAUAGGGGGGAAAUAGGACUUUGGAAAACCAGGAAUUUUGGAAAAUCAUGGAAUUUUGAUGAACUUGGAAAAAGGGUAGUUUGAAUUUCCAGAAUGGUGGAAUGUGUUAAAGGUGGAAUGGUUUGAAUCGGUUGAAAAAUGUGGAAAUGGUGGAAGUUUGAAAAAUGGCCAAUUCAUUUUGAAUGGGAAAAAUGUCCCGGAAAACCUGGAAUUCUGGGAAAUCUGGGAGUUUUGGUAAUUUGUCAAGGGAAAGCCCGCGAUUCCCGAAUAGGCUGAACAGUUUGAAGUUGGAACUGUUUGAGUUGGGCGGUAGAGUGCGCCAAAAUCUGGAGAAGAAGAAAAAGUUGUUGAAUAAUAAAUAGAUGCAUUUUAGUGUAGAAAACCUAAAAUUGUGUGAAUGCUUUGGAGCAUUCACACAAUAAAGUGAAACAGAUGAAAUGUGUUAGAUAAUGUUGCGUCGACCAGCUCUUCCUCCCAGGGAAUCUAAGUUACUGGUCAAUCCCAAGUUCUUUCAAUGACAUAUAUGCUGAGUAAGAAGGACCAUCAAGACAGAAUUGGAAUAUUUUCAAGUUUUACUAAAGCUUUAGGAGGUCAACUUAACCAAUACAUUCAUAUCGGCUACUCUAGUUGAUCUGACAUUCCAACGGAAAAGCCAACUUCUUUGCACACAAAGAAAACCCCCAUCUCCCCCUCGCAACACUGAUAAGUAACCAGUGGGGGAGGUAUUCACAUUCCAAGGUUAAGACACAAAACAGACCUCUGAACACAAGAGAAACUAGUAGAAUAUACAAAGGAAAAGUACUAGCUACUCUAAACAUGGCUAUGUAAAAAGAAAGAACUCUUAAACAUAUAUGCAUCCUCCACAAUAACUAACAAUAACACAAAACCAAAGAGUUGAUAUUUUUACUGAAGUUUAACCUUCACACAUAGAUUUGAUCAUUCUGUGUCCAGGCCAAAAAAACAAGCAUGUUAUUGUCACACAGUAUUAUUUGUUUAUUUGGGGGCAAAGAAAGGUUGGGUAUGAAUUAUUGUGGCCAAACAAUUACGUCAUAAGUCCUUUCCAGACGGUUAAUAGUAAAUAAGGUUGGUGUUUUUCAUAACUACCAUUAUGGCUGGGUACCUCUUACAUUUGAACCCGGUACCUGGGAAUCGAUACAGACUCAAUGGUACCAAUUUUUUUUUACAACUUUUUAAAAAAUUUUGUUUUUUAAAAAUAAAAUCAAUUUUUUUUUAAUUGAAAUAAUAAAAAAUGAGCUGAUUAUGAUAACUUCCUUUAAUGACAUCACCUCGAAGCAGUUUGACCGAGACCGCUCUCAGUGCUGCUGGAGUAACGGCCAAGAGUUAGGGAUGUAACGAUUGAAGAUUUCAUAUCCGCACCGUCGUUAUUAUUAUUGCAUUGAAUGUGCUCAAAAAGUACUCACACACGCACUGAAAUCCUUGGAUAUUUUUAAAUAAUUAAGAUAAAUAAACACAGAGUCAGAAAAGGCACUAUUUUGCAUUUUUUGUGUUUCUUAUGCUUCACUAUGUGUUGUUUUAGUAUUUUAUGCUUUAAUGGCUACGCUUUUAUUGUUUUAGAUAUUGCUUACGCACUUUUACAUUUAUUUCAAUUCAAUUCUAUUCUAUUCUAUAUGUUGCAAAUAAAAUAUAUUAUUAUUAUAUAUUAUUUCUGGUGGGCGUUCUACUCUUGGUUGUCCUACUCCUUUCAGCGGUCCUUGAACGCACCCUAAACCCCCCCCCCCCCCCCCCGUGUAGGUUCAAUGUACACAACUGAAUAUCUUAGUGAUGUGUCCAUAUAAGUUUAGAUUGGGUGUGUUGUUCCUUAACGAGGAAAGGCAUUAAUGGCUCUUGUUUUCAUGUUAGCAUUCAAGCUAGUCCAUGAGUUUAUCAUAAUGUAUAUAAGAUUAUGUAUCAUGGUAUAGUUCCCACUUAAUGUCUAUUUUGACUAUUAUAUUGGUUGGGAGAAUCGCUGUCCGAAUGUUCUGAACUCCUGUUUUAUAAAGCAAAUAUUGUAUGGUCCGAAUGACACGCCUCAGUGUGAAUCGAGUGACUUUUGUUCUUUGUUUUUGUGCUGCCGCUACUAUUUGCUGGAGUGUGAAUAUUACAACAAGUCACGGUUACAUUCCGAUUCUCGGGGGUGACGAUUCGAUUCUGAAUCAAUUCUGGAUUCCACACGAUGUUUAGUUCUAAACCCACUCUCAGAAUGUAUUAUUUGGUAUACAAAUGCUAAUAAACUAUUUUCAAAACAAGUUACAAAAGCUCCUUUUGGUGCACAGAUGGCCUUAAAGUUGUAUUAUUUUUCUAAAUUAUGUUUUUUAAGUAAUUC